AUGAUCAAUCUCUUCAUAUUCUCCCUCGUGUUUUUAAGCAUUGCUAACGCAAUCAAUGGUGGAAUAACGAGUGAGUAUGUACGACAAGCUCAACCCUCUAUUGAGAUGCCUCUGGAAACAUUCCCUUCUCCUUCUACUCACAAUGCUCCUGAACAGGUUCAUCUAACGCAAGGAGACCACAACGGACGUGCCAUGAUCAUCUCAUGGGUGACGCCUUUAAAUCUAGCUGGUACUAACGUCGUUACUUACUGGAUCGCCGGUAACGGAAGCGACGUGAAGCCGGAAAAGAAGAAAGCUCAUGCCUCCACGUCAUCUUACAGAUUCUAUGACUAUGCUUCUGGAUUUAUUCAUCACGCCACCAUCAAAGAACUUGAGUAUGAUACUAAGUACAUCUACGAGGUUGGUACCGAUCAAUCCGUUAGACAAUUCCACUUCACAACUCCCCCAAAGGUUGGACCAGAUGUUCCAUACACAUUCGGGAUUAUGGGUGAUCUUGGACAAACCUAUGCAUCUAACGAGACAUUAUACCACUACAUGUCAAACCCUAAAGGUCAAGCCGUUCUCUUUGCCGGAGACUUGUCUUAUGCUGACGACCACCCAAACCAUGACCAAAGAAAGUGGGAUACUUGGGGAAGAUUCGUGGAACCUUGCGCUGCUUAUCAGCCUUUUAUCUUUGCCGCCGGGAAUCACGAGAUUGAUUACGUUCCUGAAAUUGGUGAGCCUCACGCCUUCAAGCCUUACAAGCACCGUUACCCUAACGCCUAUAAAGCCUCAGGGAGCAUAUCUCCUCUUUGGUACUCAGUCAGACGCGGCCCUGCUCACAUCAUCGUCCUCUCCUCUUACUCUGCCUACGGCAAAUACACACCGCAAUACGUGUGGCUCGAGCAGGAGCUGAAGAACGUGAACAGAGAGGAGACUCCAUGGUUGAUUGUAUUGGUUCAUUCCCCGUGGUACAACAGCAACAACUACCAUUACAUGGAAGGUGAGAGCAUGAGGCUAAUGUUUGAGUCGUGGUUUGUUAACAACAAGGUUGAUUUGGUUUUGUCUGGUCACGUCCAUGCCUAUGAGAGAUCCGAACGUAUCUCCAAUAUUAAGUAUAACAUCACAAAUGGUUUGAGCACUCCUAUCAAAGACCCCAAUGCGCCAAUUUACAUCACAAUCGGAGAUGGAGGAAACAUUGAAGGAAUCGCAAAUAGUUUCACUGAUCCACAACCAAGUUAUUCGGCAUAUAGGGAGGCAAGUUUCGGUCAUGCACUUUUGGAGAUUAAGAACCGAACUCAUGCACUUUAUACUUGGCAUCGAAACCAAGACAAUGAACCUGUUGCAGCUGAUUCUCUCAUGUUGUAUAACAGACAUUUCUUUCCAGAGGAGGAGAUCGUUUCCAGCAAUGUCUAA